GGAGCCGGUACGAGAGCUCAGACGGACAGGAAGCGGUCCGCCGAGCCCUGAGAUCCAUCAGCGGUGCGGGGAGAGCGGACACAGCCGGAGCAUCGCAUCUUGUUAGCAUUUCUUUUCUUUCUUUCUUUCGUUUUAACUUUUAAUGGGAGCGUCGAGUAACCCAGAUUUUCGACUAGAACCCGAUUGGUCCGCCGAAGAGUUGUUUUAAAGCGUAGCGACAAAAUCCCAACGGGGACAACGGAAUGAUAGGGAGGUAGAAAAGCCCCCCCACCACUAAACCAGCCAGCCGUUUCUGUCGCCCAUCCCCGACCAAAGUCACCUGGUGGCUCGGCUCAGCCAUGAGGAUAUCCAAGUCUCAGAGGUGUUUGGGGCCAUGUGUUUACCCGGAGGUGCCUGAUGGGGGCUGGGGCUGGGCUGUGGCUGUGGCCUUCUUUUUCGUGGAGGUGUGCACCUAUGGCACCAUCAAAAGCCUUGGUGUCUUUCUAGAGGACCUGAUGGAAGAGUUUGGAGAGACCAACAGUCGAGUCUCCUGGGCCAUCUCCAUCUGUGUCUUCAUUCUCACCUUCACCGCCCCUCUGUCCACAGUGUUGAGCAAUCGUUUUGGCUACCAGCCAGUAGUGAUGAUGGGCGGCUUCCUCAUCAGCCUGGGGACCAUCACGUCUGCCUUCAUCAAAUCCAUCAAUGAGAUGUAUAUCACCAUUGGCAUUAUCUCAGGCCUAGGCUAUUGCCUCACCUUCCUCCCUACUGUCACUAUUCUUGCCCAGUACUUCUCCAAACGACGAGCCCUUGUAACCUCCAUGGCGUCCUCUGGAGAGUCCUUUGCCAUGUUUGCAUUUGCACCAGCUUUUACUGCACUGAAGAAGCAAAUUGGUUGGCGCUAUUGUUUUGUUAUCAUUGGCAUCCUCCAGGCCUCUGUAAUUGGCUGUGGUGCUCUUCUUCGUCCAAUCAUCAUUGAGCCAGAGACUGAGAGAGCAGAAGAUGAAUCUGAGAAACAGUCUCUCUCUUUAAAACAACUAGAGACAGUCUAUGAAAUGGAUAAUGAGAUAACGCGAACAUCUAUUAGCUCAGGAAAUUCCAACGAGUCUCAGGACUCGGGCGUCACCUCCCUCUCUGCCUCAACUGCAGAUCUUCAGGCUGCAACAGCCACAGCAGAAAGCAAGGCUCUGAUGGAUAGUGAAGAAGAAGAAGAAAAGGAAGCCCAGGGACCAUCACUGUCUACAGCCUCCUCCCCAGUGAAGCAGCUGGAGGCUGGAGUGAGAGAUGAAGAAGGAGAGGUUAAGGAGGGUCCUCUCCAACCCUCUAAGCCCAAGCUCCUGGACUUCUCAGUGCUCAAAGAUGGUGGCUUUAUUUUCUAUUCUCUUUUUGGCCUGUUUGCUACGCUGGCCUUUUUUGCCCCACAGCUCUAUAUUAUCGAACUCAGCAAGAGCCGGGGUGUCGACCCAAAUAUGGCUUCCUAUAUGCUCUCUGUAAUGGCAGUGUCAGAGGUUUGUGGCCGCUUGUCCAUUGGAGUGGUGUUAAACAAGGUUUGCUGCAGGAAGACCCGAGUCCUGUUGGGAUGUGUAGUUCUGCUGUGCCUGGUGCUGUUGGCCUUCACACUGGUGUGGGAGUUUUGGGGCCUGGUUGUGUGCUGUGCUCUCUAUGGAUUUUUCAUGGGCACAGUAGGUUCCACACACAUCCCUCUGCUGGCAGAAGAGGAUGUGGUGGGCGUCAAGAAGAUGGCAUCCUCAGUAGGAGUGUACGUGUGCAUCCAGAGUUUUGCUGGACUGGCUGGACCACCACUAGGAGGUGUGUUGGUGGAUAUCACUCAAGACUAUGGCUCUGCCUUCUAUUCCUGUGUGGUGGGCAUGGCAUUGGGCGCCAUCUGCUUGGCACUGGUGGGACCUGCUAAGUCCGGAAUGUGCCAAAGGGGGAAGAGAAAUGAGGAGGAAGAUAAGAGGCAAGAGGAGAAAGAACAAAAUUCUCCAGACAUUGAUCAACCAGACUUUUUGGAGGUUGACCUGGCCCUGGAGUCCAGUCCAGUCAGACAGGCUCUAAGUAGGAAGAACUCCAUAGUGAUAUGAAUCCUGUCAGUGAUCAACUGGAUAAAUACCUCAUGACUGGGAUGGUUGACACCAGUGUUGAGAAACAUGAAACAACUGGGAUUCUGCAUGAACUGUUUUCAUUCCAUGAAACUACACUACAAAUCCAGACCAUGCUUUUACAUACACAAACUGAGGCACACUUGAAGUGUAUUUAUCCCAACAUAUUCUCCCCUGAGACCAAAGACAUGUCCGUGCUAUCUGCAUGGUCCAAGACUUAGGUUGUUGGUUUACAAUGACAAACACAAUUCUUUUAUGUUUUUGCCAUGUAGCCAAUGUCAAACUACCUUAUUUUUACCAGAAAUAGCUCUCACAAUUUUCCAUGUAUUAUUUUGAUUAAAAUGUGAGUGCCUCUAUCUCAGGAAAUAGAAGUCUUUUUGUCUUUUAGUCUGGUGAAUUAAGUGAGCCCCCAUUAAUAAUUGUUAUUUGUAGAAUAGAAAAUCAGUUCUGCACAACACAAAAUCCCUGUCUGCGUAAUGGGUCUUGGUAAAUUUGGCCUGAUUUUGCUUUAGUUUUAUGUACGAAACAAUCAAUAUCUUUUUGCAUAUCUGUGUGGGUUGACGAUAUUUACCACUCUUACCAUCCUAAUGGCGAUACUACUCCUUUACAUCCCAGCCUCAGGUCCUUCACAUUCAGCCAUAUUUAUCCCCAUCAAAAAUCUGUAUCGUCACUGUUUUCCUUUGGAUUCAUUUAGCGUUUAUGCACUCUAAAUCUGACCUUACCCUAGAGUUGUGCUAGACAUGUUGACAAAUAAUUUGACAAAAAGAUGGCCAGAUAGGUAGCAUAGCGGUCUAUUCUGUUGCCUACCAGCACGGGGAUCUUCGGUUCGAAUCCCUGUGUUGCCUCCCGCUUGGUUGGGUGUCCCUGCAGACACAAUUGGCCGUGUCUGCGGGUGGGAAGCUGGACGUGGGUAUGUGUCCUGGUCACUGCAUUAGCGCCUCCUCUGGUUGGUUGGGGUGCAAAGGGGGGGAGAAGAUGGCCAGAUAGCACUGUCAUUUCUUAAACACUGGCUUAAAUAUUCCCUCACCCUAUAGCAUUUAGCUGCAAUGCUGACUUCAGUGGGUCUCCGGGGUGAACAUACAGAGCUCUUGGCUUUGAAUUGUCAACUCUGCCUCUCAUUUGGCUAAGCUUUUGUUUAUAUACAUUUUAAGUACACACUGUGGCAGGAUGAGGAAAAACACAGGAGACGAAGGCGAGUUUGAACUUUAUUCCUCAGCUCCAAAACCAAACUGAAACAGGAACAACCUUGCACCAGAGAGCCUGGGAACGUAAACCACGCCCCCAGCUCACAGCCCUGCUGGGUGAGAGGCAUAGCCCCUAGUGUCCGCCACAACACUAUGAUAUUGACCACAGCUGUUGUUGAGCAAGAAGUUCUCAUUUUUCUCCGUAUAUGAGUGUAACUGUUUGACCUGGACUUGUUCAUUCAUACUAAAACUCUACAACGUUGUAUUUGUUCAGUCAUUUAUUAACUGAAGCUAUGAGACACCACUGAGCAAGGCAGUUCAGCCGCAGCAUUGUGUGUUGAAUUCAGUUGUUCCACACAAUGCGUUGUUUUUAACUUUGAUAUGACCUCGUAAAAAUAAAUCCCCAUGUCCGUAAUACUGAAGGUCAAAAGCAUUCCCUAAUUUUCUGUCAUCAUGUUCUCAUAUUCCAGUUGAUUUACUGUCGAAUGAUGUAGCUGCAAAUACCUGCCUGCAACAGAAAAAGCCUAGAUAGAUUACACAGCCUACAAUGGAGGGAUUUAAGGUUACUCCAGUUUUAUGUAUUUAUUUUUAAUUCUGUUGUCUUAACUGUAUUCAGUCAACUGAGUUUUAGUUGUGUGACAGCCCUCUUACACAAAUGUCUCUACAACUGGUUCGUAGCAACCUGGGUAGAGAUGCCCCAAUAUGUAUGCCAAGCCAAAAAGGUGAGAGUGGAUGUUGCUACAGGGGGACCACCAGAGUAACCACCAUGUCCUCCCAAACACACCGACAUCUCCACAUGCUGAUGACUUGAAUUUGGGUUUUUUUUUAAAGAAGCAAUCUUGUAUUUCUUUUAUUAGAAUAGUUUUUUUACAGUUCUGAUUCGAUAUUAACAUAUGCAUCGCACUGUACAUUUUUACCGAAAAAAUGUAAUCUUGGGAUUUAAAUGGGUGCCAGGCAGUUGCAUGCCUGUUAAGCGCUUUACUGUUUGUUUUCAUGAUGUAUGUUCAAUUGAACAUGAAAUUAAAUUUUA